AAUAGGGACUCCGAUGUAUCUAGAACAAUGAGCGCAGGGAACAAUGUAUCUAGAACAAGGAGAACAGGGAACAAUGUAUCUAGGACAAAGAGCACAGGGAACAAUGUAUCUAGACCAAGGAGCACAGGAAACAAUGUAUCUAGAACAAAAAGCACAGGGAACAAUGUAUCUAGACCAAGGAGCACAGGGAACAAUGUAUAUAGGACAAUGAGCACAUGGAACACUAUAUCUAGGACAAGGAGCACAGGAAACAAUGUAUCUAGAACAAGGAGCACAAGAAACAAUAUAUCUAGGACAAUGAGCACAGGGAACAAUGUAUCUAGAACAAGGAGCAUAGGGAACAAUGUAUCUAAAACAAGGAGCACAUGGAACAAUAUAUCUAGGACAAGGAGCACAGGGAACAAUGUAUCUAGAACAAGGAGCACAGGGAACAAUGUAUCUAGGACAAUGAGCACGGAAAACAAUGUAUCUAGAACAAGGAGCAUAGGGAACAAUGUAUCUAGAACAAGGAGCAUAGGGAACAAUGUAUCUAGAACAAGGAGCACAGGGAACAAUGUAUCUAGAACAAGGAGCACAGGGAACAAUGUAUCUAGAACAAGUAGCACAGAAAACAAUGUAUCUAAAACAAGGAGCACAGGGAACAAUGUAUCUAGAACAAGGAGCACAGGGAACAAUGUAUCUAGAACAAGGAGCACAGGGAACAAUGUAUCUAGGACAAUGAGCACAGAAAACAAUGUAUCUAGAACAAGGAGCACAGGGAACAAUGUAUCUAGACCAAGGAGCACAGGGAACAAUGUAUUUAGGCCAAGGAGCACAGAAAACAAUGUAUCUAGAACAAUGAGCAAAGGAACAAUGUAUCUAGGACAAGGAGCAUAG